CGCUGUUGGAGCCCGGAAGAGUUGAAACAGAUGAUGACGGCUAAUCCGAGAUUGAAGGAGAAACAUAUUAUACCCGCACUUUGAUGUUCCCCUGCGACAUUUGUGCGUGUCAAACCCGUCGGGAGAAAGGAGAGGAGAUUUAAGGUAAGGCCAUUUGAAGCUGGGUGACGAAGCUACAUGGUGUGUGUUUCCUAUUCAGAGUGUGGAUGUGUGGGUGUCCAGAGAUGGAGAGCUAUGAAGACUUCUGUCUGCGGAGUUUGGCCAUACCGCAGGAGGGGGGGAAAUUCAAGAAGACGGCAUUUGAGCCACAGUGGUCCCUGAAGGCUCUCUCCGUCAUCCGCUUCCAUGGAAGAGCUGUGCUUUCGCCUCUGUUGAGUGCAGAGCAGCGCAGUGAGAUGUGUGACCACAGGCGGAGAGCGGUGCAGCUGGAGUUGGACAGGCAGAACCAGCAGAAUAACAACCUUUUGGCUCGGGUUCAGGACAAACUGGACCAAGCUCAGGCACAUGCAGUACCAAGUGAAGAUGUUGUAAAGAUGCCAGUUUCUAAAUCUGCAACAGUCAGUGGCUACACCCUGGUCAUUGACUCUCCUGGACUUCCCAGAAUCCCUGGGUUUGGGCUUCAGACAAAUGAUGAGCCAGCCACUACGUGCUCUGAGACCCCCAUCCUCAAUGGCUGCAAGGUAGUGGAGGAUGUUGUGGUGGAGAGGGGAGAGAAAAGUGAGGAGGAAGAGGAGGAGGACGAGGACAUAAGUUUGGACAGUCUUCUUAAGAGAUCAAGGGAAUAUGUGAAGAAAGAGCGGAGUCAGCAGGGGUCAAAAAUCAUCCACACAGUCACGAGGAAUCCACCGCUGGAGACCGUCUCUGACACGGAGAAUAAGAGCAACAGUCCCAUAGGGGACACAGGCGUUGAGUUUGGGUUCAGUCUGCACCAUAGCCCUAUUGGCCAACCUCAGACCCACAUCCAGCACCAGACUCUGUACGACCACAGUCCUCAACAGUCUGGCUGCCUCUCUCCUAGUCUACCUGACCAGUUUGCUCGUCUCCCCAGUCCGGAGUCCAGCAUUAGUCCCCAUGUACAGAGACGCAGACCCCGUCCAUUUUCUACAGGGAAUAUCCAUAUUUCAUUUCCCAUCGGCCCAGCAGACCUAAUUCCCCAAAGUCCAAGAAGGUCAGGGGAAAGUGCUGGCAUGGCAGACUGGGGAGCAGGUCUCUCAGGGGCUGUAAAGUCUCCCGAUCACUGGGGCUCUGCGGGCUUUGAAAGCAGUGGUGGUGUAAGCAGGAGUGGCAAUUAUCGAGCAAGUCACUGUGGUACCAGUCCAGUGCAGGAGAUCUGUAGCCCCGGUAGUGCCUCAGGGCUUAGCCCGAAGGGACACCAUGACUAUCUGGCCGCAGGAUUUCGCCGGCGCUGCCACACCCUGGAUAACCAGCUGCAUAGCAACCACUCUGGAGUUGAGCACAUAGACCGCAGUCAGGAAAGGGUUCCUCGCUUCAUGGCAGGAGUGACAUGGAAGGCUCCAAGUUGGCGCACCCCUGCAGCCCCCUUAAACCAGUCGUUUGAGGUAGAUAGUCUCUCGCCAUCUCUGCUGAGGCCCCGCAUGUCUCCUGACAUGGCUCAGGUCACACUCAAGAUGAAGCCUGAAGACACUCAAGGGACAAACAAUGGACAGAUUACACCAACUGUCCUGGUCAGAAAUGCAGCUGAGGCACAGGCCAGCAAGACAGAGGAGACCCAGAGGCGAGCACACGCUCUGGAGGACAUGCAGAGGCGUCUGGAGGAGGAGCAUGUCUUUCAGAUGUCUCUGCUCUUGGCUGAGCAGGAGAAAGAGCAACAGCGCCUUCGUCUGGAGCUGGAGGAGACAGAGAGUAGACUGGGGGAGCAUGGGGGUGUGCGGCUUUUGAGUGGGGAUGUUUGUGGGUGGAACUGUAGGUCUGUGAGUGACAGCCGUCCUGUUGGGAGCCCUUCCUGCCCGGGACUAAGCCCUGCCCACACACACACAUCUGAGCGAUCACCUGGACACAGUAAAGGUUUUCCCAGUCCUGAAUGUUCCGUUGUAGCCUCUCCCUCCGUCCAGCCUCCCGUCUAUCUGUGGGGGCCCACAUGGGCAGUUAGCAAACCUCGAGCAAGGCUAAGUCUGGUUCUCCAGACAUCAGAGCAACAGAGAGCGUUCUGUCGUAUCAACGCAAUCAUUCGCGGCUUUCUCACUCGCAGUCUACUCAAAACAGAGAAGGUCAGACACCUGCGCCAGACUAUCCUGGAUACACAGGAAUUCAUCCGUACAUUUCAGACUGAAGCUCCACAGAAGAGAGGCCUCUGCUCAGCACAAGAUCGCUCCCUGCAGGGCAGAGUUAGAGCCCAGUUACGUGCGGCCCUUUAUGACAUCCACGACAUCUUCUUUGAAAUGCCUCUGGGGGAUCGAUUAUCAUUACUGCAGCAGGACAGGGAGCUCCGAGCAGAGAGGAAGCUGCGAGAAAUGGAAAAAGCCAAGUGCCCCAAGGAGAGAGUUGUUCUGUCUGUCGCCACACAAAGGUCUAUGGACAGGAAAAAGAGGGUUGGUCAAUCCCCAGCACAGGCUAGGAAGAUGCAGCAGAAGCCAAAGAGCCCAACUACCAACAGAGUCCCGAAGCCAAGCCAAGGCCAACAUUCUCCUGUUCCAGGCCAGCUGAACCGCCAGGGGAGCUGGUACAGAAAGACCCCAGAGGAGAGAGUGAGGCGCUCAGACAGCCUGAAGAAGCAGCACUCCCUGGGUUAACAGGAGACUCAACAUCCCCUGACCUGUGAACUUGAUUUUUUAGUCUUUGAGUACAAACGUUGCACCACCAAAACUCCAGUCAGCGCUGCUAUUAUGAUUGUCUAAUCUACCUUCUGAAAUUCAAAUGAUGUUAUUCACUACCACACUUUAGCUCAUUAAUACACAUCAACACAAUGCUAUUGCUGUUGACUGUCGCUUGCUGAAAUGUUUCAAUGGAAUUAUGCCUUUGCUAUCUGUAAGAUUUAAGCAUGCAUACAUUUACCAAUUGUGUUCAUAAACAUUUAGAGCUUAUAGCUGUAAGAGAAUUUACAAACACACGUUUCCCGCUCACAUUCACACAAUGUGAUUUCCAUAAAAAAGAGUAUUUAAGUGAACAUGGUUCAUUAACUUUUUUGUUCAAGGGCUUUGAUUACCUGUGCUUUGUUUCUUUAUUAAAUGGUGCUGAGUUUACAAUACUCUGAGACAUUUCAGUGUGUUUCAACAUUUGGCUUAAAUCAAUGCCAAAUUAAAACAUUUUUUAAUAUCUUUGUUUACACAUGGUCUUAUUGUUAUAAUGUGGCUUUUCAUAACAUGAGACGCAUAGGAGACACUCAGUGUGGCGUUUCCUCUGGAAAACUACAGAGCAAAAUUAUUAAGGCCAUGUUACAGUAGAUGCAAGACAGAUUAUCUUUGGUUUUCUCUUAUUGUCCACUCUCCAUGUGAAAGACUAAAGUG